AUGGCGUCGGCCGCGCCGCAGCAGCAGCAGCACCUCGGCGGCUCCGUCAACGGCUCCGCGGCCGCCACGCCGUUGCACGGCUCCGCGGCGCCCGCCGGCGCCAACGGCGCCGACGGGUACGACAGCGACGGCAGCUACAGCUUCGCGCCGCCUACUCCAUCGACAUUGUCCAUGUCCAUACCUCCGGAGCUUGCUGGAGCAAUCCCGCUAAUCGACAGGUUCCAGGUGGAGGGAUUUCUCAAGGCAAUGCAAAAACAGAUUCAAUCAUCUGGAAAGCGUGGGUUUUUUAUUAAAAAAUCAGUGGGUCCGCAAGUUCGUGAGAAGUUCACUUUGGAAGAUAUGUUGUGUUUCCAAAAGGAUCCUAUUCCAACUUCGUUACUGAAAGUACCUAACGACCUUGUAAGCCGCUCAAUUAAAUUAUUCCAUGUCAUAUUAAAGUACAUGGGCGUCGAUUCACCCGCAAUAAUAAGUUUGGAAGAAAGAAUUGAACUUGUUGCAAAGCUUUACAAGCAUACUUUGAAGCGUUCUGAACUUCGAGAUGAGCUAUUUGCACAGAUUUCAAAACAAACACGUAACAAUCCUGAUAGGAGUUGGUUGAUAAGAGCUUGGGAGCUAAUGUAUUUAUGUGCAUCUUCCAUGCCUCCAAGCAAAGAUAUCGGGGCAUACUUGUCUGAGUAUGUUCACUACAUUGCUCAUGGAGCCACAACGGAUUCAGAUGUUCGAGUUCUAGCACUGAACACACUAAAUGCAUUAAAACGCUCGGUUAAGGCAGGCCCACGGGUUGCAAUUCCUGCGCGGGAGGAGAUAGAAGCUCUUUUAACCAGCCGGAAGCUUACAACAAUUGUCUUUUUCUUGGAUGAAACAUUUGAAGAGAUCACCUACGACAUGGCAACAACUGUUGCUGAUGCUGUUGAGGAACUUGCUGGCAUUAUCAAACUUUCAGUAUAUUCCAGUUUCAGUCUUUUUGAAUGCCGAAAGAUUGUUAAUGGAUCAAAGUCUUCAGAAGUUGGCNNNGAAGAAUACAUUGGGUUAGACGAUAACAAGUACAUCGGGGACUUGCUAUCUGAAUUCAAGUCAUCUAAGGAUCGCAACAAAGGAGAAAUUUUGCACUGCAAACUUGUAUUUAAGAAACGCCUCUUUCGUGAGUCUGAUGAGGCUGUGACUGAUCCGAUGUUCGUUCAGCUAUCAUAUGUCCAGUUACAACAUGAUUAUAUUCUAGGCAACUACCCAGUAGGCAGGGAUGAUGCUGCACAACUCACUGCCCUGCAAAUAUUGGUCGAGAUUGGAUUCAUCGACAAUCCUGAGUCCUGCGUUGAAUGGAUAUCUCUUCUAGAGAGGUUUCUACCUAGACAAGUUGCAAUUACUAGAGCAAAGAGAGACUGGGAGCUCGACAUCAUCUCACGCUAUCAGUUAAUGGAACACUUGUCAAAAGAUGAUGCAAGGAACCAGUUUCUCAGAAUCUUACGAACUCUUCCAUACGGCAAUUCAGUUUUCUUCAGCGUUCGGAAAAUUGAUGACCCAAUAGGACUUUUACCUGGAAGAAUCAUUUUGGGAAUCAACAAACGAGGGGUCCAUUUUUUUCGUCCGGUUCCUAAGGAAUACCUACAUUCUGCAGAGCUGAGAGACAUAAUGCAGUUUGGGAGCAGCAAUACUGCUGUUUUCUUUAAGAUGCGAGUUGCUGGUGUCCUACAUAUCUUUCAGUUUGAAACUAAGCAGGGUGAAGAAAUAUGUGUAGCACUUCAAACACAUAUAAAUGAUGUGAUGCUCCGCAGAUAUUCAAAAGCACGGUCUGGCUCUGCUACUAGCACGGUUUCUCAGAAUGAUGUUUCUCAAGCAGAUAAGCUACCAAAUGCUGAAAUGCACGACAAACGUGUCCAAGAACUGUCAAAAGUAGUUGAUGAGUCUCAGAAGAAAGCAGACGAGUUGCGGGAUGAGUUACAGAGGAAGACACAACAAGAAAGGGAGAUGCAAGAAGAAUUGGAAGGGCUAAGAGAUACCUUACAAUCUGAACGACAUAUCAUUAAAGAAGUAACAAGCGAGCGGGACAGGCUAAAAUCCCUAUGUGAUGAAAAGGAAUCUUCUUUGCAGGUUGCAUUGGUGGAGAAAAAUAGACUGGAGACCAAAUUAACAAAUGGUCAGGGCCAAGAGAACAAUACUAAAGUAAACUUAUCUGGAAAUCAUUGUGAAAGAGAUACUUUGACUACUGUAGGCAGCGUCAACAGUGGCAUUGAGAUGUUGACGAAGCUCGAGGAGGAGUUGAAAUCAUGUCAAAAAGAGCUUGCUGCAUCAAAAGAAGUAUCAAAGAAGUUAAUAAUGGAAAGGAAUAUGCUCGAACAGAGGAUUCAAAGGCUCGAGAGAGCAAAAAGUGAAGAGAAAAGUACAAUGCAAAGAGUUUAUGAGGAUGAAUGUCGUAAGUUAAAAGCUCAUACAGCUACACUGGAGCAAAAAUUGGAAAGUACAACACAGUCAUUAAAUGUUGCUGAAUCAACUCUUGCCUUGAGAAAUACUGAGGUGGAUACAUUGCAAAAUACUCUCAAAGAGCUUGAUGAGUUAAGAGAGUUUAAAGCGGAUGUGGACAGAAAGAACCAACAGACCGCUGAGAUUCUUAAAAGGCAAGGAGCACAGUUGGUUGAGCUUGAAAGUCUUUAUAAGCAAGAACAGGUUUUGCGAAAACGUUACUAUAACACAAUUGAAGAUAUGAAAGGAAAAAUAAGAGUUUUUUGCCGCUUGCGUCCUCUAAAUGACAAGGAGCUUUCUUUAAAGGAUAAGAAUAUUGUAUGCAGUCCUGAUGAAUUUACAAUUGCACAUCCAUGGAAAGAUGACAAGUCAAAGCAACAUAUAUAUGAUCGUGUUUUUGAUGCAUAUACGACUCAAGAAGAUGUAUUCGAGGACACUAAGUAUCUAGUACAAUCAGCUGUUGAUGGAUAUAAUGUUUGUAUAUUUGCUUAUGGUCAAACUGGUUCCGGGAAGACUUUUACAAUAUAUGGUUCGGACAACAAUCCUGGUCUUACUCCAAGGGCCACGUCAGAACUUUUUAGGGUGAUAAAGCGUGAUGGCAACAAGUAUUCAUUUUCCUUGAAGGCAUAUAUGGUGGAACUUUAUCAAGAUAAUCUUGUGGACCUGUUGUUGCCCAAAAAUGCUAUGCGACAAAAAUUAGAAAUAAAAAAGGACUCCAAGGGUGUUGUUACUGUUGAAAAUGUUACAACUGUAAGCAUUUCAAGUUUUGAAGAAUUGAAAACUAUAAUCACAAGAGGUUCUGAGAGAAGACACACCGCUGGAACAAAUAUGAAUGAUGAGAGCUCAAGAUCUCAUUUAAUCCUUUCAAUAAUUAUUGAAAGCACCAAUCUCCAAACUCAAUCUUAUGCAAGAGGAAAGCUAAGUUUUGUGGAUCUUGCUGGUUCCGAGAGGGUGAAAAAGUCCGGUUCAGCAGGAAAACAAUUAAAAGAAGCACAGAGCAUCAAUAAAUCCCUUUCUGCAUUGGCUGAUGUUAUUGGUGCUUUAUCUUCUGAUGGACAACAUAUACCAUAUCGGAACCACAAGUUGACGAUGCUUAUGAGUGAUUCACUUGGAGGCAACGCAAAAACCUUAAUGUUUGUGAAUGUUUCACCAGCGGAAUCAAACUUGGAGGAGACUUACAACUCACUCAUGUAUGCUUCACGAGUACGUUGCAUUGUUAACGACACGAGCAAGCACGUUUCCCCCAAAGAAAUCAUGCGGUUGAAGAAGUUGAUUUCUUAUUGGAAGGAGCAAGCAGGCAAGCGGAGCGAGGGCGAUGAACUGGAGGAGAUACAGGAAGAGAGGACAUCAAAAGAUAAAGCCGACACCCGGUUGACCGCCUGA